AUGGCCAUCGUUGCGGAAGAAGAUGCCAAACUCGACAGGUUUCUGCAAUGGCUUCAGGUGCUUCCCCAUCUUUCUCUCUCUCGUUCUCUUUGUACUGUUGCGGGUGUUCUCUGGAUUGCGCUCGUACAUCCGUUUAUGUCGUUGGAUUGCCAUUUCGCUAGGUAAAUGGCGGGCAGUUACAGGGGUGUUCGAUCAAGUAUUGCGGCCCAUCCAAGGGAUAUGGCAUCUUCUCCUCACCCGCUGCCGGAAGCGUGUCCGAUGGGAAUGGUACAAAACUUGCAAUAAACGACCAUUUGACAUGGUUUCCCUCCCUUUUCGCUAGAGAUCAAUAAUGGGAGUUCGACGUGCGAGUAAUUCGCAGGUGUUCUCAUGGUGAUACCUCUCAACCUGGCCAUAACUCCCAUGAGGGUGCUGCAAGAUGGUUCGUUGGGUCCACGGUGCGCCGAAAUGUUUAAAGAAGGGCAUGUAGAUGACCGCUUCCUGAUGGUUCUCUUUCUCACUGUCGAGCGCCUGCGACGCAACUCCCCAUGGAAGCCGUAAGUACUGCACCGUUUUCCAAGCAACCGACGGUUUGCGAUUUGCUGAUGAAUGAUUGUAUCUUUUCCAUCGCUUCUGUCACUGGUUUCCAGUGCAUCAAGUCCUGCUGUAUGCCUUUAUUGCCAAAACCCUACGUUGAACUACUUUAUGAUACAUAUUAUCAAUUUAGUUUCGGCGUAGGAGGGUCAGCAUUACUUCUCGGUAGAAAUUGUGUUCCGUAGUGGAUUCAUGUUGGUUGGCGUGUUUCUAAAACAGCAGAGGGGAGGGGUCAAUCAUUAUUGCUUUGUUGAUAACUUGAGCAAUUUGAAGCUCUACAUAUCUUUUUAAGGAUCAUUGUCAUAAUUCCUAAAUUCUGGGUCAGGUAUCUUGACAUGCUGCCAAGUACUUUCAGUAGUCCCCUUUGGUUCUCUGGGGAUGAACUUUCUGAAUUGAAGGGAACUUCAUUGUAUCAAGCCACACUCUUGCAGGUACUGUUCCUUGACUGCUCUACCAUUGGGCUCCAAUUCUAUAAUGAAUGUAAUUUUUUUUUUCUUUUACUAUGGCGAGUUAUCAUGCAUUGACGUAGGUGGUAACGAAAUCGAUUUUUGCCUCAUUUAUUUAUCUAUGUUUUUAUUUCUAUUUUUCGAGGAAUAUAUAUCUGGGAACAGUAAACGUAUCUCGCCUGCUCAAAUGAAUAGGUGUAUCUAUGCAGAAAAAAAGGCUGCAGACACUUUUUGAUGAUAAAGUGAAAAGUCUGGUCGAGGAGAUUCUGCAACUUGAGGGUAAAGCGGAAAGGUAUAUGGAAUAAAUUUUUUCUUUGAUGUGAUGCUAUUUUCAGACUCGAAGAAUUUAUGAUGGAUUGUGGGCGUGCCUGAAACAACACUUUCGGAGUUGAGCUUUGGUAUUCGUGACAGAGCUGAUCAAAGAUGUGCAUUUAGUGGCAUUAUCUACUGGUUUAUUCAUCGUUAAUUUACAUCUUAUGCUUUCUUGCAUUCAAUGAUCAAACACCUUUUGUAUGAGUGUAGGAUAUGAGUUAUUGCUUUUCCCUCACUGAAGUCACAUGGAGCUAUUUCCAUUCAUAUUUAAUGAUAUAUUUAUUAUCUUUGUUAUGAUAUAAUUAAUCACUUGUUACUGAUUAAUUAAUUUUGUUACAAUGACGGAAAGGUAUGAGCUCAAGUUAGAUUAUCUCUAACAUCCAUCACUGGUCUGUAAAAUUAGGGGACAGCUCAAUUUUGUCAUUCGGUAGGCCAUAUUUUGUAGUCAAUCAUCUAUGUCAUAUGGUUUUGUGAAAUUGAGACGAAAUGAUUUUUUGUCUUAUCACAUGAUUGAUUCUCUACCAUUCACAUUAAGAAGAUAAAAAAUCUCACGAUCCAUCCCCAUCUUGACACCAUUUCUUAUGGGUGCCACUGUAGUUCAGAUAAAGGAAAAAAUAAAACAGCAGUGGAAUUUUCGUGACUUGGGAAGAUGGCGGAGAUGUCUGAAGAGCUUCUGAUGAAACUUGUUUGAUUAACUAAGUCGAAUUUAUCAUUCAUAUGUUUAUGGCUGUACAGCUCUGACACCAGCCUGGUUUAACAACUCGAAGUCCUGAUCUCUUGAUUUAUUGUGCUGAAAAGAGUGUAUGCAUGUAUUGCUUCCUAGGUAGUGAUAAAGUAGUCAGUCUACUAGUUGGAAUCAUUGGUAUCGUUAUUGAUUUUUUUUUUCAGCUGAUAUGUGCUCUCUUCAUGAUGAGAUUUGAUGUGGUUCAUACAACCCGAUGGUUGGAGUCUUCAAAGGCGAGCAAUUCAAAUUUGCACUUAUAGAUCGUUUAAGAUAUUAGUUGUGUUAUUUAAAACCUUUUGAGUUGGAUCAAAUAUAUUAGUUAGGUUUUGUUUCCCGGGCUACAUGUUUGAUAACAUACAUUAGCUGUGAUUUUGAAGAUUAUGUAUGAGCUCAUCAGCCCAUCUCCUAAAGAGGUGUCUAGGACCACCAGGGAGAGAGGGCUCUUCCUGGAAAAAGGAUGCUUACAAUGUAUAAUUUAACCUGUAGUGACACUGAGACUGUGGAUUUGUAUAUUUUAUGGUAUCAACAGAGUUAUAGUAUUUUUUGUGCUCAAGAUUUGUCUUCUGGAAUGAGCAAAAUCAGAAGUUGUUUUUCAAUUAGAGCUUCUGCAAUAAGGCAGAAAUCUGUAAGGUCUAAGCUGUAGUAUGGUAGUGCAAAAAACAAGUGCCCAUUGCAGUAUAAAUAAAAAAAUUCAGGUUUUUGUUCAAUUCUUAUAGAGUAAGUGGUGCUACAUGUAAGUUUUCUAAAUCUGAUGUAUCAUUUUCCGGAUGAACGGAUCACCUUUCUGUCAACAAUCUAAAUAAUUUUUGUUUGACGGAGGAUUUUACAUAGAACUGAUUUAGCAUGAUUCUUGCCAAUCUCUGCAAAUCAGUUUGCACUCACAAUCAAGUUUUUAACUGUCAUAUGUCACAGCUGUAUUAUCUUCUCAACCUGUGCAGAGGUGACAUUGCCAACCACAUUGGCAUAAUCAUUUCACACGGGCCUUCUUUUAUUAAUUUCAAUAAAAUGACUAUCUGGUUUUGCAUUCGACUUGUAAAUGGACGAAGAUUUUCAUUGAAAUUCUCUAUUAUCUUCUUGAACCAUUUCAUUUUAAACCCAUUGUGUUUGUCAGUCAAGGCUCAAGCAAUAUGUUUAUGUUACAUACUAUAUUUAAGAAUUUUAUUACUGAAGGAUUCUCAUUCUUCUUGCUUGAAUGCUCUUCUUAAACACUAAUGUUUUUUCUACUUUGUUAUUUUCCAGUGGGAGAGAGGUACAGUUUGAAGAUUUCCUCUGGUGAGUCCCUUCUCAAAUAUUGUUUAAUGCAAAGUUGGGACCAUACUUUUUAAAUGGUUAGAAUUUAUCUUGUCAUAGUCACGAUUUCAGGAUCCAGGCCAGAAGGGAAUGUUUACAAAUUUAUUCACAGAGCAUGUAAUUAUAACUUUGAAAUCACAUACUGCACCUUUCAUCUAGAAAAAUAGCGACAAAAAAAAAGAGUAAUGAUUGCUUCUGGACUAUAUCGAAGUGAUUAAUAUAGCCUUACAUCUAGCAAUAUAUAUGAGUACUUAAAAGAACCAAAAGUUGUGCCGUGUUCAUACAUUUGGAGUAGCAUUUUUAUGGAUAGUUGUCUCAUUAUCUUUAUAACUCAUGUAGCAUACCUAAUAUGAAAGAAUUUAGUUGAGAUUAAACAAUUCCGACCAUGUAAAGCCAGGUGAGUCAAUAUAAUAUCUCUAUCAUCAAUUUAUAAUUAGAAUAAGACAUGGAGUGUCAACAGGGUCUAGCCUCAGACAUAAUAUCUGCAAGUUUUUUUGGUAAAAAUAGAUUCCAAAUUUAAUCCAAGCACACCAAAUGGAGUUGUAAGCUGGAAAAAGUCAGUGGGCAAGCUGAUCAACAAUUUUUAUGCAUUGUCAGAUUUGGGUCAUUGACAAUCCGUGAAGACAGAUGUCCAUAUUUAAAGUAUUUUCCAAAGAGAAUGGGCUGAAUUAUCAGCCGAUUCACUAUGGAAUAUUUUAGUUGCUUUUGGUGGAUCAGUUACUACUAGGUUGGAUCGGCUGUCAGCCUAUGGAGGAUGGGAGGCACUUCCAACUCUUUCUUCCACAAGUGUGACAUGACCACGUCUCCUGAAAAUGGGGGGGAAUUAUGUGUUGCAAAAGUGCCCUUUUUUUCUGUAUUCUUUGAUACUGACAAAAUAAGUGCUAGUUCAAGAUCUACACGGUUAAAGAGUAUUUGACCCAUUUAUAUAAGACAUUAUAUUAUUUUGAGGUCCAUCUUGAACCAGAGAGAGACUACGUGCUAUGAUGUAGUUGACACUCGUCUUAAUUGAAACUGGGGGUUUUUGUCAUAAACUUCACAAAUGAAAGUUUCUUAUGUAAAACUUAUUGUCAUAGAAUUUUCUUAGAAUGCAGUCAUUGAACAAAGGUUAUCUUUCUUUUUGUUUCUUUAAUUGGGGUAGUCAGCAUAACCUUAGAUGGACUUGAAGGAGUUUUAUGGCUUGGUCUUUUCCAGAUAUGCCUGAGUCAGGCCCAGUCUUACACUGAAAGUCUCUGCCAGACUUUCAAAGCCCAUAUAUGGACAGCAAUGUAUGAUCGUAAUAAACCCUGCGUUUUUAUUGUUUAAAAAAAUCCUCUUAAAGUGAAUUCUAUUCCAAUUUCCUUUGUUGCUUUCACUAUUGGAAUUCACUUUCGGAAUCUUCUGGAAAAGGCUCAUUUUUUUAUAUAUAUUAUUAACUUGAGCAGCAUAGUUUCAAAAUAUAACCCUCAUGAAAGGAAUUUAACUAGUAUUUUUCAAUUUUACUAUGACAGGGCAAACUCUGUCUUCUGGACCCGAGCUUUAAAUAUUCCAUUUCCACAUUCUUAUGUAUUUCCUUCACCUGUUGGGGAUGCUACUUCAGCUUGUGAUGGAAGCAAUCUUAAGAUUUCUUCAUCUCAAAUAGUUGGUGAAGCUUUCCCUCUUGAGAAGGAUGAGAGAACUGAGGUAAAUAUUUCAGAUUGUUGUUUAUUGAACCAUUCCGUUGGUUUUUGCUUAAUGAAGGUACUACUUUUGCCUAUCAUAUAAUAAAGCCGUUUUCCUACUUUCUACAUAUAUUCAACCAAAAAAUCGAGUGUUCAAAUAUGUUGAGACAGAAAGUUUUUUAAUUUUAGGCAAUGCUUACAAUGGAAAAGGAAAGAUGUGCCGAAGAAUCUAGUUCAUUAGAUGGUGAGACUGUUUGGGUCGAAGGUCUUAUUCCUGGGAUUGAUUUCUGCAAUCAUGGUAUGUUCUCCAUAGUUUACCUAUAUAUUUUAUUUCAGUGGACUGGUGCUCCUUUUUUUAGUUUCAGCAGAACUUUGUGGUUAUAAUUUCAACACGAGUCAUUACUUUUUGUACAAUUCUCUAAUUAAUUGUUUCUAUAGUUUCAAGAUACAUGCUUGGAAUUUUUAGGUACCUUAUAUCCAUUUUUGACUCAUCACGGGAACAUUUCAAGUUUGUUUGAAUUUAUUCACUGCUUGGAUUGAUAUUCAGAAGGGCUGUAGUAGGAUAUUGUUGCCCCAUUGAGGUUGGACAUAAGGGUAUAACUGUGAAGAAUGGCUGAGGUUCACUUUGUUGAAAUAUGGAAGACCUGUGGCAUGAAAAUUGUGAAGAGACUAUUUAAGAUUGAAAACUUGAGGCCAGGAUAUGCUAAAAUUGAUAUUGACUCUCCUAUUUGUCCCAUUUUUCAUUUAAUUCUUAGAUGAUUUAGUAAUGGAAGAAACGUUUGAUACGAGAUUCUUGAGGAUGUAGUACCGUUGUUGAUGAGGUUGUCAGAGAUGAUCAUGGAGAACGGUUGCAUUUGUGAUUAUGUUACAGAUAUAUUGGGCCAGGACAGAGAUUUUAUGAUUUUAUGAUCAUGUUGUCAGAGAUUUUAUGACUAUGUGACUAUGUUACAAAUAUGCCUAUAUAUAUACGGAUAGAAGACGACCAGGGACAGUUGGAUCAUAUAUAACAGUAACAGUUGAUAGCCGUUCUUGUGGGUCUGCUUAUUUCAAAGUUUUACUGAAUAUUGUGUUGUGAUCACAGUAGCCAAUGUUACUGGUGCUUGGAAUUGGUAGGUGGAGGGUUAGUUCUGCAGUUCUCCUUCCUGUGUCGGUGUUAAUGAUGUGUUGCAUCUGUCCAAUUCCAUUUAUGGGAAGCAUAAUGUAUCCAGACCAUUUAUGCCUAACGUUUUUAAGAAGAAAACAUAAUCGGGGUGGCCGCUAGACUCCGAAUGUUGCAAACCAAAUGAAGAUAAAGAGUUGGGAAAAUUUGUGUCUUGUCAAUUCAUAGAACAACUGCUAGUUAUAUACAAUUCCCCGUCCCAAAUAAAGGGAAGACUACCUAGGUUAAGUCCCACGCUUUACGGGAGACUGAAACCAAACUAGGAAACUGACUUACAACCCAACCAACCUAGGAAACUAACCAACAGAAAUUAACUCUUAAUUACACUUUUUUUCCCACACUCCCCCUCAAGCUGGUGAACAGGCAUCUUCUAUUCUCUGCUCGGAUACAAUAUUCUGAACUUAAUCGCUUAUUAAGCACAUCUGUAACUUGGUUGUGUGUAGACACAUAAGGUGUACAAAGCAAUCCGCUCUCCAACUUCGCCUUGUGAAGUGUUUGUCAAUCUCUUUGUGUUUGUUCAAUUGUGUUGUAUUGUGCUGUUAGCUAUGAUAAUUUCAGGCUUUUUAUCACAAGAGCCUCAUCGGGCCAUCCCACUUAAUUUUCAAGUCUUAUUUGACAAUCUUCACCCAAUAUAGUUCACAUAGACCUUGAGCCAUUACUCAGAAUUCAGCCUCUGCACAAGACCAUGCUACCGCAUUCUAUUUCUUACUUAAUGUCAUGAUCUUUCUAUUAAGAAAAGUGCAACACCCAGAGGUUAUCUCUUAUCAACCACUGACCUUACAUAAUCUGUAUUUUUGUAUGCCUCAAGUACUAACCCUCUGUUUCUCCUGAACUGAAAAUCAUUUUCUGGUGUCUCUUAGAGAUCCUACUGCAUUCAGUGAGCUGCCUGCAGAUGGGUUUCCUUUGGACUGUGCAUGAACUGGCAAAUAGUCACUGUGCAUGUUAUAUCUGGCUGUGUAUGAGACUAAUAAAUUAGUCUUCCUAUUAGGCAUUGAUACAUUUCCCUAUCUAUCACAGCAUCCUCCUCUACCUUUCCUAUUAGUCUUCCUAUUAUGAUUUAUAUGUCUUGGUUGUUUCUCUAAGAUCUAUAACAUACUUCUUUUGGGAGAUAUUUCAAAAUGUCCUACCUAGAUUGAGCUAUUUCAAUCCUAAGAAAAAUUUUCAGUCUCCCUGAUGUUUAAUCUCAAACGCAGCCAUUACCAAUAAUCUCUUUCUUCAUCUUUAUUUCCAUUCACGAUUAUGUCAUCAAGAUAUAUCAAGAGUGUUGUGAAUCCCCAUGAGGAUGAGUGUUUAAGGAACAGUGUGUGAUUUUCUUGGUUUUGUUUGUAUCCCAUAAAAAUCAUAACUCUUGUAAAUUAAUCAAACCAUGUUGGAGGUGAUUGCUUAAGUCCAUAUAAGGUUUUUUUCAAUUUUCACCCUGUAUGGAUAGCCAAAUUCUUUCCAUACCUUAGUAGGACUUUCUUAUAAAUUUAUUUCUCUAGUUUACCAUGUAAAAAUACAUUCUUAACAUCAAAUUACUGCAGUUCUCUGUCAUUAUUAACUGUCAAUGAUAACAGCAUUCUGACAAUAUUCAUCUUUGCAACUGGAACAAAAGUUUCUAAAAAUUAACCCUAUAGGUUUAAAUAUAGCCUAUGGCAGCCAACCUAACCUUUUAUCUUUUUAUAGAUCUACCUACUUAGUACUUCACUAGUUACCCCAUGGGUCUCUCUUUUUUGAUGUCAGUCUUCCUAACUCCCAAGUUUUGUUCUUCUCUAAUGCCUUCAUCUCCUCAUUUAUAGCUUUUUUCUGUUCCUUUUUGGACAAAGCCUCAGAUAAGGUGGUAGGGAUGGUAAUAGUGUUUCAACUAACAAGGAAGGCUCUAUGAAAUGGUAAAAAUGUUUAUACGACAAGAGGAUAUAAGUAAAAAUAGGAUACAAUUGUCAUUUUGUGUAUUCUCUAGUUAUUUUCUCAAGGGCAAUGGAAAGAUCUUUGUUAUCAUUGUUCAUAUGAAAUUUAGGUUCAAGUUGCAAUGGAGGAUUCGAAAUUGAUACCUCAUUCUUAAGAUCCAAGUUGGAUUCUCAGACUUGCACAGAUUCAAGAACAACUGUCUUCUUCCUUGAAAACACCUCUCUUUUAACAGAUCUCACAUUUUCAAGGGUAGAGUUAGAAUUUUCUUGAGAAUUUUCUAGAGUUUCAAGCUCAGAUUUGGCAUGGACUUGGAUACAAGCUUAGACAAAGGAAUGGGGGAGGACGAAGGAAGUGAUGACAAAUCAAGUAAGACAUUAUCAUCCUCACUAAAGAUAAGGUUUGGCAAAGUAAAAAUUGGUCCAUUCCCACAACAUUCCCUGAGUUGAUUCUCAUUCGCGGAACUCAAAUUUGAGAGAAUAAGACUAAGAUAAGAUUUUGCUUGAGCAGAAAAAUCCAUGUAAGAGAGGUGCAAUCAUCAAUGAAGGAGGAAACCAUCUAGCCCCAUAAGCAUUGGGAAUGGUAGAAGGACUCCAUAUAUCGUUAUGAAUAGGAUGCAUAUUUUGUUAGCAAGUUCGCACAUGUCACAAUGAAGAUCUUCAACACUUAGGCUUUGAAAUAAAGAUGGAAAUAGAAUUAUAAUAACCUUAAAUGAUGGAUAUCCAAGCCGGUGAUGGAGAAACCGAACUCUCUCCUUACAAAGCUCAACAGAAUAAGGUAAUUUGCCCUUUGCAACAUUUGACUUGCUCGAUCCUUCAAGGUAGUAGAGGAUGGAAACUCACUUGAAUACGCUGACAAACAAGAAUUUGUAUUUAUCAAGAUCGCUAAUGGGAGAUCUCACCCUCUCAACCUUUUCUUAGUUGAAACUACUCAACUCCUUUGGUGCUGCUUCAUUCUGCUAUAGUGUUGUGACAUAAGUUCCACCAUUGUUCCUUGGCUGCUCUCUUUUCUGUCCUCAUUCUUGACUUAGAGGCUUUCCAUGUAGCAUCCAACACCGUUCACAUGUAUGAUGUGGCUUCUUAGAACAAAUACACCAUAGGCUAUCCUCAUGGUCACGAUUAUGGGCCUUCAAUUGUCUAAGUUUUUCACUCUAAACAACUUGUGCUCUCCCCACGUUUAUGGCUGAAUUAUUGCCACUCACCUUAGCCGUGCUGUCCAUGCUUUUUGGUUUAAGCCUCUUUUGCUUUCCCCUUGUUGAAUCAGUGCCACUACUUAAUUAAAGCAUAGAACCUCCUGCUUGCUGAUAAUCUGAAUUCGACACAGCUAGAGUUGCAUGGAGAUGAAAUUUCGUCCUUAAAUUCUGUCAAACCAGGAUCUUGAUCUUCUUGAUCAGGUCUUCGCCCUCCCUUCUCACUGGAGCUGCCUAGAAAAUCCCAUUAGAGUAGAUUCACGAAAAGUCUUACUUCAAUUCACCUCUACUCCGGUUUAAAUACCGGUUACAUCUAUAGUGGGCCAAGCCCUCUUAUUUUGAAGAAAGAAAGGGAGAGUCCAUUAAGUAGUUCAUAACUGACUCACUUAAGGGCCCAAAUGGAAGAGAGACACUAUAAUAAUGAGAUCCUAGCUAGACAUGCCCAACUUGAAUACAAGUUUCUGUAGAGUUGGUCCCGGCAGCCCCGUGAUUAGUAGAAUUGAUAAACAACAAGUUUAUCAUCCCUUCUUCAAUCUUUUCCUUGAUAAAAUGGCGAUUUAUUUCAAUGUGCUUUGUCUUGUCAUGUUGGACUAGAUUAUGGGCAAUAGUGAUGGCUGAUUGAUUGUCACAGUACAAUUUGAUACAACCUUGAGAAUACAGAUGUAGAUCUUCAAGUAGUAUUUUUAUCUACAUUGCUUCACAUAUACCUUGAGCCAUAGCUCUAAACUGAGCUUCUACACUAGAUCUGGACACCACCUUUUGCUUCUUUUUUCUCCAUGAUACUAGAUUUCCACUAAUGAAGGAACAAUAUCCAGAACUUGACCUCCUGUCAUGUACUGAUCCUGCAUAAUCUACAUCUGAAUAUAUUUCCACAGUACUAUCACCACCUCGUGAAAAUAAUAGGCAUUGUCCUACUAUCACAAUAUUCUUCAAAUAUGCCAGAAUACAAUAUGCUGCCUGUAAGUGAAUUUUCUCUUGGGUCAUUCAUGAAUUGACUCAAGGAACUCACAGCAUAUGCCACAUCUGAUUUACUAUGAUUCAGAUAAAUUAAUUUUCCAAUCAACCUUUGGAAGGAUUCCUUAUUAACUGGAGGACUGUCACCUCCUGCUUCAAGUUUCACAUUUAUAUCCACUAGAAUGACUAUUGGUUUACAAGUAAGUUGUCCAGUUUCUUAGAGCAGAUCAAUAAUAUAUUUAUGUUGAGAAAUAAAAAUACCUUCUCUCAAGUGUGCCACCUCAAUACCGAGAAAAUACCUUAGUCUCCCAAGAGACUUAAUAUCAAACUCUUGUGAGAGGUUUUUACUUAGAUUUUGAAUUUCAUUUGUGUCAUCACCUGUGAUCAAUAUAUCAUCGACAUUUACAAUUAAUAUAGUCAUACCUCCACACGAAUUAUGUUUGAUGAACAAAGUAUGAUCUGCCUUACUCUGUUUAUAUCCUUAACUUUUUGUUGUAUUGGUGAACCUCCCAAACCAAGCUCGAGGAGAUUGUUUGAGACUAUAGAGGGCUUUCUUUAGUCUACAAACAACUCUUGAUUGAUUGGAUAGUGGAUACCUUGGAGGUAUAGUCAUGUAGACUUCCUCUUCCAGUUCUCUAUGUAGAAAUACAUUUUUGAUAUUAAAUUGAUAUAUUUCUCAGUUCAACUUAACUGCCAAAGCAAUCAAUAUCCUCACAGUGUUAAGUUUAGCAACUAGAGCAAAGGUCUCAAGAUAGUCAAUCCCAUAUGAUUGAGUAUAGCCUUUUGCUACUAGUCAUGCCUUAUAUCUUUCAAGUGACCCAUCUACAUUGAAUUUUGGGGUAUAUACUCAUUUACACCCCACAACCUUCUUACCGGUUGGAAGAGGAACCAGAUCUCAUAUAUGGUUCUUUUGCAGGUUCUAUCUCUAUAUCCAUUACAUGGCUCCACUCUUUUCUGACUAAUGCUUCAUCAAUUAUUUUUGGUACUCUUGUCAUAUUAAGCGAGCUCAAGAAUAUUUUAUGCUCCUAACUCAAUCUAUCAUAUGAUAGAUAAUUGGCCAUUGAAUACCUUGGUCUGUUUCUGCAAUUCCUUACCCCUCUACGUAGGUCAAUAGGCCAUCCGAGCUGAUCAUCUUCAGCUAGGCCUACAUCAAGUUGUUCAACCUCAUUUUGCCCUGGAUCAUCUUUCUUCAGCUGCAUUGGUUCAGUUACAUUCUCCGCCCUUUCUUCCUCAACUGUGAUUGUUGUAUUAUGUGACUCUAUCUGAACUUGUCUCCUAAAUAUUUGUGCCACUUGAGGGCAAGGGUCUUUAGAGUUGGUAACUAAAGGAUUUUCUGAUCUUUGAAUAUCAAGCUCUUCGGUCCUUUUAUAAUACAUCUCGUAUUCAUUAAAAGUAACAUCUACAGAGAUCUAAUAUCUUCUGGAUGAUAGGGAGUAAUAUUUAUAGCCCUUUUGAGUGGGUGAGUAUCCCACAAAUAUGCACUUAUGUGCUCUAGGAUCCAACUUACCCAAUUGAGUAUUAGCAAUGUGACCAUAUGUCACACAACCAAACACCUUGGGAGCUAAGUUUGUUCGCAACUUCACAUUUUGAUAAGCUUUAGACAAUAAACCAAUUGGACUCUGAUGUCUGAUUGAUCUUGCUGGUAUGCGAUUUAUAAGAUGUGUGGCUGUCAAUAUAGCCUCUCUCCAAUAUUAUUUGGGUACAUUUCCCUAAAAUAAUAGUUCUCUGGCUAUCUCCACAAUUUGGCCAAUCUUUUUUUCGGCUAACCCAUUAUGUUGUGGAGUAUCAAUACAUGAUGAUUCAUCGAGUAUGCCUCUUUGAGCAAAAUAAGGGGAAAUGAUAGUAUUGAAAUACUCUUUGGCAUUAUCUGUUUUGAACCACUUUAUCGUUGUUCCAAAUUGAUUGUCUAUCAUGUUAAAGAAAUGUGGGAUAAUUUGAGCAGCUUUGGCUUUGGACUUUAGAAGAUAAAGCCAUAUAAAUCGGGUACAGUCAUCAACAAAUAGCAUAAACCAUCUGCCACCAAAUAUACUAACUAUUUGACUUGGCCCCCAUAUAUCAUUGUGAAUUCGAUAUAGUGGUAUUAAACUCCUUUCAUUCUUAAAAUGAAAUGUAGAUCGUUUGUGUUUGACCAAUUGACAAGCCUCACACAUUAAAGUUUUGACAUCAACCUUGUUACAAAUGGUAGGAAACCAAUGUUUCAUCAAUUCAAAAGAAGGAUGCCCAACAUGACUAUGCUGAAGCAUGAUUUGGCUCCUAGCGUCUUCGGAAAGACUAAGAGAGGAGAGACAUAUUGCAUCUUGAUCUUCCAGAUAGAAAAGGCCAUCUUGACGCCUAACAUGUCCAGUCCUCUGCCCUGACACCUUAUCAAUUAGAAAACAUGCAUCAUCUUCAAGAAUAAAUUUGCACUUAUGAUCUUGCACAAGUUUUUGUAAGGAUAUAAGAUGUGCCUCAAGUCUUGGCAUAUGAAAGACAUUUUUAAGUGUACCAAGCCCAUUAAUUUUAAUGCUCCCAACACCCGCCACUGAUAAGAUCCCUCUAGUUGUAAGGACCUUAUGUGGCCUAUUUAUCUUUGAAUAAAUAAUGAAUCUAGAGAUAUUUGGUGUCAUGUGAUCUGUGGCACAGUAUCAAUAAUCCAAUGUAUUCUACUGGGUUUUGAGAUAAUAGCAUUACUGAAAAAUACUUUGUUUUCACUUGAGUAUGCCAAUGAAGUAGAACUCAACAUGCUUUUGAGUCGCUCUAGUUCUUCCCUUAUUUCCAUAAGGUCCUCCCCACGUUCAUGAACAGGCUCUCCUGUUUGCUCCUUCGACUGCCUUUGUUCUCCACCUUCAAGACUCUAAAAAGCAACAACAUAUACCUUUCAAUUUUGUUGGGGCUUACCAUGCAACUUCCAGCAGGUUUCUCUAGUAUGUCUUUUGCAUUUGCAAAAAGAACACCAAAGACUAUCCUUAUAGUCAUUUGAGGUCCUCUGUCUUUAAUCACUUGAAUUCUUCUGAUCUUGCCAAACUUCUUGGCUUGAUUUUUUUUCAAUUUUUUUGGUGGAAAACGCAAUUAAGCUAGGCCUUGAUGGAUCUGAGAGUAAACGCAGUCGACUCUCUUUCUCCAUAACAAUACUGAUGGCUUCAUCCAAAUCUGGUGCCCUCUCUAUGUAGGACCUAACUCCAAAGACUCUCGUAUUCUAGAUUUAAAGCCAUUACGAAUGUAAACGUUCUCUGCUUCAAUAUGUAAUUUCUUUCUGUGGAGUGAGGAUUCUUCACAGGCCAAUAAUGAUCAAUCUUGUGCCAUAUAGCCUUCAGUUCACAUGAUAACUUCAUGAUUGUCUUCUCCUCUUGUAUUGCCCUCACUACUUUGGUAUUCAGCCCAUAGAUCUUCCAAUCAUUCUGAUGCUUAGAGCAAUUCUUAUGGACUUCACGCCACAAUUCUUUCACGGUAGCCAUAUAAAGAAAGUUAUCACACAUUUCUAUUGUCAUGGUUCCAAGAAGCCAUGAAUGAAUAAAGGCUUCCUCAGAUUUUCAAAUUUUAUAAUUCGGAUCAUUCAUACCAACAUGAUCAUCAAUUAAAUUCUUACAAAUCGGUACCAUUAAAUUUCAAGCACUCAUGCAUACUUGGUAGCGCAUACAUUGUCUUAUCUCGGCCACCAACAAUUGCUGUCAUGACUGAGUUGGAUGCAGAAGCUUCUUUCCCCAUUGACAUCUCUUGUUUUUUAAUCCUUGAAAUCAAGAAUUGCUAUCAACUGACCUCCCGAAUACUUGCUUUCAGUUGAUGGAAAGGCAUGUCCUUGUUCUUGUGAUGCUUCACGCCACGACCAACUCUGAUACUAUGUCAAACCAGGAUCUUGAUCUUCUUGAUCAGGUCUUCGCCCUCCCUUCUCACUGGAGUCACCUAGAAAAUCCCAUUAGAGUAGAUUCACAAAAAGUCUACUUCAAUUCACCUCUACAUCGGUUUAAAUACCGGCUACAUCUAUAGUGGGCCAAGCCCACUUAUUUUGAAGAAAGAAAGGGAGAGUUCAUUAAGUAAUCCAUAACUGACUCACUUAAGGGCCCAAAUAGAAGAGAGACACUACAAUAACGAGAUCCUAACUUGCCUGACAAAUUCACAAGAAAAGAAAUUUUGGUGACGAAACCACCUCAUGUAUCCGCAGAACUUCAAAACUUCAAUUCUUGAAUCAUCAAGAAUGUACUGAAGCGACUGUUGAAUCCACAAGCGAUGCACUUGAAUUCACAAGCAAAGAGAUAUUAUUUCAAAAGAGAGGAAAGUUUUCGGAAUGCUGAAUGAUACCUCUGGGGUUACCAUGUGGGGCCUUUUAAAAGGCUGAGUUUCUGUUAGGGUGCCCCUUAAAAGGUGAUUCAAUUUUAGUGACGACUUAAAACUGAUUUAAGGCACGUUUAAACGAAUUCAAAAUGAGCUAAAGGCGGAAAAAAUACUCUUUGAUGCAUUUAUGACGCAUUUUAUUUUGGGCCAGAUUAGUUACUAGGCCAUCUAGUGCAUGUAGUCCAUUAUUCACUCUUUGAGGGCUUCUAGUCCACUGGGGUUGGACCAUGAAUGUGUUACAUCAAAAUUCUCACUUGAUCAAUUUUUGGGUUAAAUCCUUCAAAAUAGCUGCAUCCUCAGGUUUUAAUCACAUAUAAUGGUCAAGUUCUUGCCACAACUUUCAACUGAUAAGCAUAUUCUGUGACUAUUUUGCUGCCCUAUUUUGCAGCAAUUGUCUUCACCUUACCUUCAUAGACUUGUGCCACAUCCAUAGCUUUGGAAUAAGUCUGUUGGAUUGCAUCGCAAAUAUCCUUGGCUGUAACCAAGAACAUACAUGUGCCACUAAUCUCAGGUGUCAAAGAAUUCCAUAACCGUGCCAUAAUCAUGAAAUCUUUUCAUGCCAUGCCUCAAACAAGGGAUCCUCUGAUUUUGGACCUGUACUUGUGAGAUGGCUGAUCUUCACUUUGUUGUUCAGCACAGUGCAAACAAGUUGGGGCCUUGAGAUAAUUUUUUCCGUCUGGCGUAUAUGCAGAUUGAAUACUCUUCAACUCUUCGGAUUGUUGAAACUGUACAAGCUUUUCUGAUUGUGUCAUGGCGGACGUCUACAGCCUCUGACAUCUAUAAGGUGUGGGACAAUACAGACGGAAGUCUGAAAUCUGGAAAAUAAUAACGAAGACCAAUCCCGUUCCUGAACCCCUAUUGACACAUGCAAAAACAGGAGAUCCCCAAGACAAUCGGCUGAUCCAAAAGCCUGAAAAAGGAAGCCUGAUCCACUCCACAUGAUGCCGAGACAUCCAAGAAUGAAUGCCGAAACAAUACCCCAAGGGGGGGCGAUUCUUGUUCCUCGAAUUGGAACUGAAUCAUAUACAAACGGAGAUCCCGAUCAUUGCCUCAAGAUUGACAGAGAGCAGAGGAUGGAUGGAACCGAUUCCCUGGCCUCCCAUAUACAUGGCCUCAGCGGCUGCGGAGGGACAAUAUGCCUGUCUCUUGGGUUCGGGUUUCGUCAAAUGCCAAUGGAAGAUCCUCGAGGAUGGGUGACAAUGGGAACCAGUCAUGGGGAGGAUGAAGACUACGGAAAAAAAUCCAGAUUUACAUGCCUAAGGCUCUGAUACCAUGACACAAACCAAGUAAGGAUAAUCAGUCUGGGAAAAUUUUCUAUCUUAUCAAUUCAUAGAAAAAUUGCUAAUAUAUAAAAUUACCAGCCCCAAAGAAAGGGAAAACAACCUAGAUUAAAUCCCACGAUUUAUGGGAUACUCAACCAAACUAGGAAAUUGACCAACAGAAAUUAACUCUUAAUUAUCCAUUUUUUCCACAGUGAUGCAUGUGUAAUAGUUCUACUCCCACUCCAAACCAAUAAACCGAAAGAGAAAUGCUCAUUUCUUUGUAGUGGAAAUUCAACACGAAUUUAUAUCGAAAAGUAGGCAAUCUUGGCCAAGGACUAGCAAUUCUUUGUGAUCUCAAAAUACAUUUCUUUCGUCUGAUUAUCUACAUAUGUGAUAUCUGAGAUUUUGUGUUCUGUUUUUCCUAAUGGGAAUCUGUGUUGUAUUGUGCUUUUUGAAAUUGAGAGCCCCAGAAGUUCCUUUGAUUUUGAGGACGCUUUCCUUUCAGGUUUGGAAGUUUCAACUACAUGGGAAGUUGAUAAGACAGGAUGUGUGAGCGCUGUUCCACUUUCAAUGUACCUGAUAUCAGGUAUCUUAUUUCUUCGGUAUAUAAUUUAACUUUAUGUGAAUGUUCUCACUAAAUCAUUCCUAUGUAUUUUAUUGUGCUUAACUGUCAGGCUUCUCUUUGGUUUUCGCUGUUUAGUUUUCUGCUUGGUCAUUUACAAUAUGGCCUAUGUAAGGAUGAGAGUUUGUGUGAGAAUAUUGGUGGAUCAACUUUGGUUUCCAGACAAUUGAGUCUUGUAAAUGUGAAUGUAAGGAUGAGAGUUUGUGCGUGAGAAUAUCGAUGGAUCAACUUUGGUUUCUGAAAAAUUGCGUCUUGUGAAUGUGAGCAUUAACGACUUGCAAUUAUUAUCUACUAGUAGUCCAACAUAAAGUGGAUUAAUAGAUAAUUAUGGAACAAAAAGAAACAUCACAGAGAUAGAGAGAGUUGGACUGAAUCGUACCAGAUUAGCGUUAUCAAGACAUUUUCCAUCUAUAGUGCUACCUUGGGAAGGACAUUUGUAGGAGAUCAGGCCAAAACAAAUUUAGAGUUCAUUUGAUUUGAUGUUCUAAAAUCAAUAUACCAAGAUUUGGAAACGAAUUUACGUUAUAUUCCCAUUUUUGAUAAGGUCGAUUGAAUCAUUUCUUGAUUAGAUUAAUGGCAAUAAAAAGGGAGGUGAAAGACUAAUUGCUGACAGAAACAAAUUAAAAAGAAGCCUCAGUUGAAUUGACAGUGGUGUAAUAUGCUUUUGAAGCCUUAACUAGAGGUUGAUGCCCACAAUCAGCAUGUGCCCACUCUUUUUGCAUUAUGCGCGUCACUUAUUUUUUUAGUCUCGAGCAAUAAUAUUGUCCUGAUUUUUGACAAAACUAGCAUUGUAUUAGAUGUAGAUUGGGGAACUCCAUACAUGGAUAAGAAUUAGACUAGUUGCCUCUAGUUCCAUCUUAAGAUGCGAGACCCAAGAAAAGAGAAACCAAGAAUGACUCAAAAGGCUCUACCCAUCUUUGGGGAUUAAUUGACCUCCUAUAGACAGUGUAGGCACGAUUAAUAGUAACUACAAUCUCAAUAGGGCUGAGAUUAUGCUGCAAUUAGCUUCCUAACUUAAAGCAUGAAAUCAGGCUCCCUAAAUAGGCAAAAUAUUUUUUUACAAAUAGAGCGAUAAUAGAUUGCACAAAAUCUCCAUGAAUCAUUUAAAAGAUCCAAAAAUUACAUCAUUGGUGCAACUAGGAACCAUUAUGAUUUGUGAAACCUUCGUUAAUUUAAAGAAAUAUUGACGAUGUCAACUCAAGUAGUUGUUUGCCCUUUCACCUCUCGUAGUGCAGCACUGAUUAGAAAUCACUAUUAAUUUCAAACCAAUUUUGACUUAUUGGAAAUAUUGAUGAUUUUGUUUCUAGUAGUAGAUUGCCCCAGUAACAUUUAGCGGUCUAGUCCUUGUUGCAAGAGGGAUUGGUUGACCAACGCUCGUGUAUUAUGUAAUAACAAGUAAUGAUAAGACUGACUUGACUUCCUAGACAUCUUAUGAAGGUUGUUGAAUUUCCUCUAGUUCCUUCGUUUCUUGAAGAACGACAGACCUUCUUGUGGAGGGGAAAAAUGGAACCCUUAUUCAAAACAUGAGGGAAAAAUUCCUUCAAGAUUUGUUUGCAUCGAGACAGGGGUCUGUUAUUUAUAACAGAUCCAUGGGAGAAGGUUCUAGACAUAGAGCCUUACAUCCCGAGACAUACAGGUGAUGUUCACGUGCUUCUUUAAGUGAAGCACAUGAUACACUUCACCCCAACUGCUAACGCAGUAUUUACACAGUAUUUCAAUAAAGGUCUAUAGUUGCCUUGAAGGCGACCUAUGUUGGCCCCUUUGGAAUAGUAUACACAUCAUGUGUUUUGGAAGUAGAUCAUAUAUUCAUUUGAGGAUCUAAGUGACCAUCCUACCGAUUAAUAGAAAAGGAUAGUGUAGAGUAUUUACAAUAAUUGGUUUUAUAGACCAAUGAUUUUUUUUUUCUUGAAAGAGUUCAGCCAACUAUCAUUCAUAGAAAUUUCGGUUCUAGAGUGACAGCUUUUCAUCGAUUGAGUUGAACUAAUUAAUACUGCAGUUAUAGUAAGGGUAUCCAAGACUAUUAAUAAAUUUUCAAUUCUAUUCUACUAUAAACAUUUUUGACUGGGGAGAAAUGUUACUGUCUCAGAUUUUCAUUCUCGGUGUUCUGCUCUCUUAAUACUUGGUGGAUCCCACUCUCUUACUAGUUUCUGUCUUAUUGUUUUAUAAAAAAGUUGCACCAGAUUUCAUGGAUGCUGAAAAGGAGAUAUGCAUCAGUUAUGGUAACAAAGGAAAUGAGGUACUAACAUUUUCUCAUACUUUUUUUAUUCUCGUAUCCUGAAAUCUGAGAUACAUGUUUGAAUACUUGUAUCAAGAUUCCAUGAAACGAUAGUUUUCUUUUUGUAUGUAGAUAUCAUCUAUUUAUUUUAAUUUAUACUUUUUCCCGGUUUGAAGUACAUCGAUCUCUCAACACUAAAGUUCCCUAUUGACUAAGAGGUUUUUUAUGUAGUCAACUUGCAUCAAGAUAUGGAUGAAACAAAGGAAGGUAAAGACAACUGUGAAAGUGGUUUUUUUUCCGUCUGCCAAUUUUUAACAUAAAAAUUAAACAUAUUGAUCGUUUGGAAUUUUUUUUUCUAAAUCUAUUGAUCUAGAUUUGGAACAGGUAGCUUCGAUCUUUUUCAUAAGAGAGUACGCUACCCUUUUUAAAAUUCGAAAAAAUGAAGUACUGAAGAAUACUCAUUCUUAAUUGAUUGUCUGAUUCUGUCUUAUGUCAAACCUCUGCUGAAGGAAAUGUAGAGCUUUUGCAUGCAUUUUCAUCUUGAAUGGAACAUCAAUGGCAAGUAGCCAAUGAUGGCAUACAUUUGGUGGAGGCUGUUAAGUUUGAAGACAAGUUUUCCUUCUAAUCCUCUCUCAGAGGAAGUACUUUUAUUCUUAAAUUUUUUAUGUUUUUUAGCUGUAAAAAUAAUUUUUCAUCUUUUUUUAGAAGAAUGUAUAUUUGAGUCUCAUUAAUGAAUUUUUGCAUUAUGGAAUGGUAAAAUAAUUGGCACAUCAACUGUCUUGCCGGUUAUACUCUGAUGUCACUGAAACUCUGUCUGCGCUUAAAGGCUGAUCCUUGAGCAUAUACAACUUUCAUGGAUCAAACCAAAGAAUUUACUGUCAUUUAACUCCUUUCCACUAGUUUUUUUAGCUUCAAUGUCUGCAAAAAAAAACUAUUAGUGUCUCAUCUCUUGGGUGGAGCCAGUCCUAUCCUAACUGUUCUUUGUUUUCAUAUGUUUGUAAAAGGACUGCUACUUUAGUAGUUGUUGAAGUGGGAAUGGAGAAAUAAUCAAGUGCAAAUGCAUGAAUCAACAGGCAAUAAACAUAUUCAGUAUGUGUGGGAUAACUAGCAAACAGUUAUCUUCCAUUACAUGGAUAACUCAUGUGUAAAUAAGGGUUUACGUUCUUUUUUAUUGAACUGGAUUGCCUGAAGGACUAUCAUGCCGCACACUUGAUUUUCCUCGUAAUAAAAAUUCGGUUUUUCUUCAUUUUCUCAGGAGUUACUCUACCUGUAUGGAUUCGUCGUCGAAAAUAAUCCAGAUGAUUAUCUUAUGGUACUAAUCCUCUCACAAUCAGAUUAUCAUUGAUGCUUAUAUUCAUGGUCUACAUAUAAUUUUUGAGACAUCUAACCGGCAUUUACAUUAUUUUUUUAUAUGUAACAUCCAUAUUUGAAUCCUUCUAAUUUUCCUGUUUAAUUUUUAUAACCUUAUACCAUUCUUUCAUUGCUUACUUUACAUAGGUUCACUAUCCUGUGGAGGCGCUUCAGAAUGUUGCAUUGUCUGAUUCCAAGGCACAACUUCUAGAAAUGCAGGUUUUUGAUCUCAUAACCUAGAAAGUUUCAUGGUGUAGGGAGCAGUGCUUUGUUUCCUGCACCAUGUACUUCUCAAGAUUGAAUAUAGAUGCUUAGGCUAUUUUAGCUGUGUAUGUUUGCCAAAGUUAUUCAGAUGCAAAUAAUGCACAAACUACACAUUUGUCUUUUGAUUCCAAGACAUUGUCUGAGCUCGAUUAAUAUUUGCAGAGAGUGGAAUUGAGAUGCCUCUUACCUAGGACCUUGCUUGAUCAUGGAUUCACUUCUGGAAAAGUCAUCAAAGAUUUUGAUAAAAAUGAAAAUUCACACAGUCACCACAGCGGUUACAGCUGGAGUGGUCAGCGUAAGGCCCCAUCUUAUUUGAAUAAGCUGAUAUUUCCUGGAGAAUUUUUGAAUUCUUUGCGGACCAUAUCUCUUCAAGAGCAUGAACUUAUUCGGGUUUCAGAACUAUUAGAGCAGGUAAUUUCCCUUUUCGAUUUUUAAAUUACUGGACACUAUUGUUUGUGUUGCUACUCUUAGUUCAAACAAGGAUCAUUUCAAUGUUAUUUUAAAAUUAAAUGCCUGAUGCUUACUUUGUGCUGUAGUUAUUCAUUAUAGGAAUAGCACUGAAUUAGACCACUAAACCACCAUCCCAUAACGCUGUGAACAUGUCUCUUGGCCUUGGGAAGCAAGAUCCAAUGUUCAGCGCCUGCUUAAGCAUAGGCAGGGGCAGAUCACUUUUCGUUUCCUUACUAUAGUUAUUCCUAUAACCUAUGUCAGAAUGUUUAGCGAAACGAUAAUAACAGUUGAGCUUUCCAUAGCGCCCAAGGAUCAAAUGAACGUGGCAGAGUAUGCUACAUUAAGACUUUAGAAGUUUCCAUGAAGCUGUGUCAAAGGCCACUUCUUUCCAGGAGUUUUAUAUUGCUUUUUACUGUGUAGGACAAAUCAAUAGCCAAUCUUCGUAGUUAUUUGCAAUUGCAUAGCACAUAGUCUUGUGGGUUCAAUCUUUUUGAGUCUUGUAUCAAAGUUAUAUUUUUAUGCUUUUCUAAUUCUCAUCUCUGAUAUUUAAAAAAUGCGAGCCAUUGCUUAUUUAUGCGAUUAUGAAACUGUGAUUGAAUUUGAAUAUUUCCUUUCAAUUCCUCAUCUUGUGGACGCAAGAAAAUAGGCUGUUACGAUGUAUCUCAAAUGAUCAGAUGGUUUUCAAUACAAAAUCUGGGUUGAACAGGAGAUUUUAUGGCCCGGGGAGAACUACUGUUUCACCUGAUCGAUGCAUCGAGGAAAUGUAACUUCAUAGAGGGAAAAGAAGCUUGAUGAGUUGCAGCACUGUUCUCUAAUGGCAUUUGGGUUUCUGGACUCCAAGUCAGUGGCAGAAAGGAUAGAGAUGAAGAAACUAAGAAAAGCAACAUAAGAUAUACCUAUUACCACUAUUGUCACUGCCACCCACACUGUUAUUUUGAUCCUUGCCGCCUCAUACAGCACUAGCCUGCAUUGCGGAUGCAAUAGUUUAAUCUUCUUCCUCAUCCUUCCCCCCUGUCUCCUGCUGGAACAGACCAAGAAUUGGGGAUUCAAUUUGGGUUCAUGAGUAAGGGGCAACAUUAAAAUUCGUUAUGUUUAAUGACAAACCAAAAUUACUCGUUCAAAAACAUUAAAUUUUAUAGAAAAUUUCUUAUGCCAUCUGUUUAAACUCUAUCUAACCUUGAUAAUAGUCACAUUUGAAAUAUGAUAGCUGCCAAAUCACCAAAUACAAAUAGACAACGAAUGUUACAACUUAGGAUUUUUUUAAUAUAAAAUUCUACAUUUAUUGUGGGUCUUUCGAUAGAGAGGCAUGAAUAACAUGCUUUCGUCAAUAAACCUCUGAUAUGUUGUACUAACUCCUUGAGAAGUAAAAUAACAAAUAGGUUUCUUAAAAGAAAGCUGCUAUUUCUGUAGGACUUUCUUAGUUUCUGACAAAUUAUUUUGGAACUUUAACAAAAUUAUCUCUCUUAGCCCACUGAUUAUCACCAUUUAUGUGUGCAUGUUACUGAUCUUCAUAUUUCCUACAUGUCUGUACAAGACUUUUAAUGUUAAUUAUUUGUUGUGACUUUAUUUUCUUUUAGCUGACUGGGUCGAAUGAGCAGCGACAACCAUCUAACGAAGAUGUGAAGGCUGCCGUUUGGGAAGCUGCUGGGGAUUUUGGUGCUUUACAGCUUCUUGUUGAUCUCCUAUAUACUAAGUACUUUUCUGAUAACCAUGUGUUGAAUUCUCUCAUUUGCCCUUCAAUUUUCUUUACAUCCUGGUUGUGCUUUAAGUUUUACACUUUCAUAUGCAUAGAUGACAUUGUUCUCUCGCAGCCAAUCAAAACUUUCAAUUUCGUAGUCCCAUUCUUCCAGCACAUGAAAUAUUAUAAAAUUUGAUGGUUUCUCUUUGGAUCUUGUGCAAUUUUCAAAGAGUCAACUCCACAGUCGAAGGCCUUUAAACUUUAAGAGGAGAUGCAAAGGAAAUUUGUGGAGUGCUCAUCUCCUCAAAGAUGUAUAUCGUUCCGUUCUAUAAGACCUUCCCUUUUAUAUUUGGUACGAAGAAGAAUAGGUAUGAGGUUUAACUUUCUCCUUUCUGAACUCAUGAAAAAGCAUUGGUUCCUCCUGUUCAGCCUUGCUGCUUCAUUUUCUGGGUCAUGUUUAGCUUUAAGCAUAGACACAGUGAGGGGUUUCUUGUGCAACGGUAGAUUCCAAUGACCACCAAAGAUCCACCAGUUUUCAGCAACAAUUACGAGAAAUUGAAAUUCAGCUACUGAAUUCAAUCUGGCUGGGAGACAUCUGGUAGCGUUUCCUUCACACCAAUCUUUUAAGAUAAUUCCUUGAAAAAUCCAUGAACCACAUUCAUCCCUCAACUACCAAUUAAUGUUAUUUUCUAAUAGUUAUAGUUUGUCUUUACCCGGUCAAUUUUUUUUUUCUAAUUUUUUGAUACGACAUAUGCAAACGGUAUGAAAAAAUGUCAGGAAUAGAUCUGUGGAUGUCAAUUAUAAUAAUAUCUUAUUAUUGAUAUAGUAAUCAUUCCUUUGACUAUUACAAAGACUUAUUUUAUAUGUAGUAUUCCCAGUGGUUUGUACCAAUUUGUUUCUUGCUGAAUGACAAUGAUUGUCCCCGAGAAACAUCAGAGGUCUAACGUUAACCGUCCAAUAAAAUGUUAUAUGGCUGAUGAUACUUGGUUAGCGUUGUUUAUGCUAGGUGUCAGCCUCUGAAGUUUCUUGGGGUUGACCCCUGUGUUUUGUAAAACAGAAAACGAAUGAAUUACAUAUUUCCCGCUUAUCUCAUCCUACUAUAAACUUUCUUACCUCCAAAACUGAAGACAGGGACAAGCUAGGACUACAUCAUAUCCAAUCAAUGGUUCUGCAAGCAAGCCAUCACCAAUGGUUUUAGGUGUACCCACUUUUUGCUGAAACUGGUUUAGAUUAAUCUGGACUGAUGAGGAUCACCAGUUGCCUAUGGAGCUAAACGAGACAAGUUUCAUGACUCGACCAAAUCAAGUCGUCAAUCCAUAAAUUAUAUACUCAAGAUAGUUGUCACAAGGAGCUGACCAUAUGCAACGAAAGUUGGUGCCUAAUAGGGGUGCUGUCAAGCCAAAAUACCAUAGGGACUACAGCAGGGAGGGGGGGGUUGUAAACGGUGGAAACUUGUGGAUAUUUUUAUGUUGCAAUUAAUUUUAGCUUGCUAGUUUAAUGAAGCAUUUUUAGCAUUUUUAGCUUGUUUAGCUUGGGAUCUAGAUGUAUUCAUAUAUAGAUAGUGGAACUGGACGCGAUACUUCUCUUGUGGUAUUAAUAUUUAUAAGAUCCUAAGGGGGGGAAAAAAGAGACACAUAAUUGGCCUAGUCAAUGUUCCCUUAACUCUCCAUACCUCAAAACUUCCAUGGGUUCUUACAUUGAGAGUUUGCCAAGGAGCUCUUUGAGGUCUUGGCAGGAGGCAAUAUGAGGAAUCUCUAUGAGGGAAAAUAUUGGUAGACAGAACGAUAAUGAAUCCCUUCUCAGAAGAUAGGAUUGCUGACAAUUUGAAGAGCACUCUUCUUGUUACACUAAAGCAGAGGAGCUGAAGAACCCAUGCUCGAAUCUCACAGAAGAUGGUAGAGCCAGACUCUCUCGCAAUUGUAUCAAUCAUAUUGGAGCACUCGACCUCUAUGCUGGAAUGAGAAACGAUACCAUCCUUCUUGCUCCUCUAAGAUAUGAAAAAGAGUGUAAAUAAAAGCAGAAGCCUGUAAUGGAGUGACAGUCAGUGGGAUCACUUGCUUUAUUGACGUUUACGUAGGCUCAAAGGAGCAGAGAAAUAGGCAGCAUAGAUAGGGAGUAAUUGAGGGUUUCACAUAAAUACCAGAGAACGUAAACGAGGGCAGUAGAAUGUAUUAAACUAAGAACAACGUGAACUUUAGAUAUACACGAAUUGGGCUAUGUCCAGACAAGAGAAAAUCUAGCAUAUGGACACUGGCAAGUUACAAUUGUGUCCAGGAUACUCAAAAGUGUAAACUAUCAGAGAAACAAAGCUUGAGGUGUGGCUUCAUAGGAGUGUCAGGUAUGUUGACGAAUGUUACUGAUUUCCCGAUGAUAAAAUAAUAGGUAACGGUGCGUGGAGUAUGAAACAAUACUGAAACAAAAAUAAUUAGUGUAAAUUUCCAAAGUGGGUCUCAAACUAAUAAUAGAGAUGCUGCUCGAGAGAGGCAGUGGCAGUAGCAUCAUUGCUAGCGAUGGCUGUGUUCUUUAGCACUCUCACAUGAAUCGGCAUCCAAAAAAACUUGAAAAUUUUGCUCAAACAAAAUUCAGGAGCCUACUUAAGUCCCUAUAUUCCCAUGUAAAGACAACAAACACGAAGUGAUAGUUUAGAGAGACCAGGAGGACGCUGCAUGUAGAAUUCCUGUCAGGAGUUCUGACCUAAGGUCUUUAUUUAAUCUUUGAGUGAUGAUCAAGAAGUGAGUGGGAAGUGUUGGUUUGCGUGGUAGAACGCACGUCCAUGGUUUUGCUUUAGUGGGUUGGGUGGGUUGGAAUAGGAAGCACUGUAAUUGCUUUCGAUAAACGUCAAAAUAGGAAAACUGGGUGAUUACAGUCUAGGAAAGCAGCCUUGACUUAUUAUUUUUGGAAUAGUCCACCACAAAUUGACCCUUAACAGAAGAAUAUUUCUUAAAAGACAAAUCGUUGAUACAAAUCGUUCUGAACAGUAAAUCUUUUCUUUUUAAAAUCACCUGUCAAGUCAUUUCUCCUUUGUUGUCAAAUGUGUAAAAGAAAUGCAUCGACUGAAAAAAAACAAUUAUGUUUUACUUAAUGUUUUCAGGAGAGUUCAUAAGGUUAAGUAUUAGACGAGACACCUGAUCAUGAUUAAAACUAAAGUAAUAUGACAAUCUUAGAACGUGAUGAUGAUGGCAGUCAUUUCAUGCGAACAAAAAACUACUUUCAUUUCUAAGAUUUUUUUUUUGGUCCAACUAAACUGAUAUGACUAUGGUUACAUUUUAAGUUUCUUGUUACCUGUAAAUGGAGGAGACUCUUUGCUAUCGGUGAAACUGUAGAAAAUACACCUUACAGUACCUGAAUCUAAAGCAAUAAAGUUAGCGACCCAGAAUUUCACUGUGAAAAAAGUCUAGAGAUAUUUCAUGAUCGAUAAAUGUGUCAUCAUUCAUAUAAAGAUGGUUUUGCUCCUGCCUUAAGGACAGACUAUUUAUGAGAGUCGGAUCUUUCUUGUAGAAAGUAAAGUGUUGUUCUUUUUUUUUCUUUUUUCAAUGAUGGUUUGCGUUCGUAUUGGAACUGGUAUCUGAAAGAUUGCCCAUCCAUUUUGCACUAUUCGUUAGUUUUUGUGCUUCCUGCAUCCUUUUUGAUGGAUGUGGCGCAGUUUAUUUUCAAGGGUAAGCUCAGAAAUUUUAUUUUUUUUAUCAAAAGAUGGUAUAACUUGAAAUACAAAAUUAACAAAUGUGGAGUUCGAUAGCGUGAUGAUUUUUUUCCUUGUCAUUUUUAUUGAUUCCAUGUAAUGUAAUUUAUGUUAUAUAGGUUGCAGGAACUUGAAGAGGGUUCUGGAACAGAAGCAAGCGAUGUAGAGUUGCUUGAAAGCUUCUGUUCAUCAGAGAAACAUGCAGAAGAAACGAGGUAUGUCGAUUUUAUCAGAUGAUCUGUUUUUGUGCUACCUCCCUAUUCCUCUGUUCUUGAAGUCGGUGCUCUGCAUUAAGAUUGACCCCCCCCCGCCUUCUAACGUGAGAGAUACUUGACAACUCUUCUGUGGGGAUCCCCCCCUUCUAACGUGACCAUGGAUCGAUAGGAUGAAAUGGGCGCCCAUUCUGGACGACAAACUGAUCCCAGAUUAUCUGAAUAGAAAUUUAUUUUGGGAACAGAAAAUGUGAGGGAUCCAAAAGUAGUAGCCUCGGAACAAGAGAAAACACAGUGGAUUGAAACAGAAUGACAAAGUAUGAAUGGUCGAACAAAUCAAGAUUUGAAGAUUUUUUUUUUUUUUUUUUUUCCUCCAUACCUUGGGAGCACUGUCUAAUCUUCGAUACCCACCCCUAUCUUCAUCUUCUUCACGGAUGGAUCAUACUGCAGAAUUGGGAGAAUCAGGCGGGUUAUUGGGAAAAGCCAAGAUUUGAUCAGAUGAUUAGUGCGUUUGCCCAACACGGUCUAAUCACUAUGUCUUAAUUGAGUCGAUCAUGUUUUGAACCCAGAUUGGAUUAUAGACAUUUACAUAUAUAUUCUGCUUUAUCUCAGUUUUUUUCAACAAAGGCAGAUAGAUCUUAUCUUCUGACAUGUAAUGCUCGAUUACUCUGAGCUGCAGUGGCUGCGGGGUGGUCGGAGAUGGGGACGCGCAGAUGAGCAGGAAUCGUCGGGCCAGUGUAAUCUACCGGUGUGGGCAGAAACGCCUUGCCAAGCUCUUCUUGAAGGAGGCGGAGUACAUCUUGGAGUUGUGUUCCAGCGAAAUAUCCUGA